CCUCUACGCGGUGGUUUAUACCACACAGCCCGCAGUCGCACCUCGCGCACCGCUCGUUGGACACGCCACUGGAGCGAACUGGAACUAUCUGCUUUUUUUCAAAAUGGCGGCUCUAACGCUGUGCCUUUUGGCGGUAUUGUGCAGUUUGCUACAUCAAGGUUCAGCCAUCGUGUGCUACCAAUGCAACAGCCACAAUGACUCCCGCUGCCUCAUGGACAAGCUGCCCGACUCUCUUCGCAAGGAGUGCGGCUCCAAGGACACCAUGUGCAGGAAGAUCUCGCAGACCGUAGAGUUCGAGAUGAACGGCAUGCCACCGGACAGCAGGGUCAUCCGAGGGUGCGGCUGGGACGAGAGCAACUACAAGGGACGUUGCUACCAGCGCUCAGGCUUCGGCGGUCGCCAAGAAGUGUGCUCCUGCCUAGAAGACGGCUGCAACUCGGCCACAGCACCCGUAGCCGCCACACUGCUCAUGCUGCUCAUCGCCGCAGUCUUCAGGUUCUAGAAACGUCUAGAAGGUUCGAUUAGAGUAGGGCAAUGCUCGAUAGGUAGUCUAGUCGUUUAAAAUUGCUCUGUACUAGUAAAUUUAUUCGAUAGCGAGACGUGACGUAUGCGUUUGCGUUAAGUCUCAUUUUGUAUGGGAUUUUCAGUUUCCAAAACGUCUCGCUUGGCGCGCUGUUUCUAAAUCCCAUACAAAAUUAGACUUAACGCAAACGCGUACGUCACGUCACGCUAUCGAAUAAAUGUACACUAGGGGUACUGAUGAGUGUUUUGAAGGUUGCCGACUAAAAAGUUUAUGCAUAUUCAGGUCAUACACAGCUAGCCAUUAGAUUCACGACUCUUCUGUGGAUGUAGCCGAUGUUAAGGUCAAUAAAGCCUUAUUCUCUGAUCGGAAAAAGCCCAUAAACAAUAAAGUACACAGGAGUAACGCCUUUUACAUAAACCUGUGUGAUAAAAUCGUUUUUUACCUUUACCUACGCACAAAAGCUGUUAACUAUUGUCCAAAGUAGUGUUUUGUUAGCAAUCCUAUAUGGGCCCAUGUUUUUUUUUGGUGUCGUUUUUGUUUUUCGUUAGAUUUGGUUUUGGUUAGUUUGAAGAGCUCCUCGUUCUGGGGGGGUUAUUCCCACUAGUUACCACCAAGUUGUUACCAGGGUUUACCAGGGAAGGGAUUUUUUCCCCACCUUUUACCACUGGUAACUACUGGGAAAAAAAUCCCACUAGUUACCACCAACUUGGUUUGGUGGUAACUACUGGGAUUUUUUUCCCAGUAGUUACCACUGGUAAAAGGUGGGAAUUUUUUUCCCCAGUAGUUACCACCAAAAUUUGGUUAGCGUUCAAUACUACAGUAAUAAAACAGUAAAAAUAGUAUAGUAUAAAUAAGGGUGCUUUAAUAAAUAAUCUUCCAUUGAGUUACGAAAAUACCUUUCAUAAGUUAGUGGAAAAUUAUUUGUAGAACAUACGGUGAAAUUAAGCUCAUAUUGUACAGAAUAGGGAACUCUAUAUAACGAAAUUUAUAGUCAUCUGAUUAAAAAUUCGGCCCAUAUCAGGUUUUCAUGUAUAAUUUUCAAAGUUGUAUGAACAAAAUCGGCAAUUUUUAGUAGCCACGCUGAAAAUGUUACUAAGUUUCUAAAAUAAUUGACACUGUUACACGUUUUCAAAAUGUUACCAAGAGAUCCCGCCGCGUUAGCCUUGUUGGUAUUAUUAGAUGUUUAAAUAGAUUAUGUGUUCGUUCGUUCGUUCGUUUUGUAUGAUCAAAAUCGGCAAUUUUUAGUAGCCACGCUGAAAAUGUUACUAAUAGUUGCUAAAAUAAUUGACACUGUUACACGUAUUCAAAAUGUUACCAAGAGAUCCCGCCGCGUUAGCCUUGUUGGUAAUAUUAGAUGUUUAAUAGAUUAUGUAAUUUAUUUGAAUGGUUCUCAAUGUUCUCAUUCUAUGUGUUCGUUAUGUAAGUUACAUGUUAAGUUAGUUAGCGAGCUGUACAUAGAUGGUAAACGAUGAUAAUUGAUGAUAAUGUCACUGUAACUGUCAUUCUGUUAAACGCCAACACUGUAAAGUUUAUUGUGAUUAUUUGUUGUGUUUGUGUUUUGCUAUUAUAUUUAUUAGUUUUUCA